CGCUUCCAACGCCCUCCUUUUGUUCUUUUCUUGACUACUUCUCAACAAUCCUACGACUCUCUCUUUCCCUCUACCUUUCUCCUCGGCCAGGACACAAUGGACCGGCGGAGUUUCACCGUCAUUUUUGCCGCGGUGGUACUCAGACUGGUUCUGUUCACGGCGUUCCCCUCGCUACCUGACCUACUGACCAAUCGUGUGGAACUGUCUACGCCUGUAACGAGCUUCAAACGGUUACAGGAGGGUCUGUUCUUGUAUACCCAUGGAUUGUCACCUUAUGAUGGGGGGGUCUUUCAUCAGGCCCCAUUGCUGCUAGCGUUCUUCACAACACUCCCGUCGAAUCCAAUCGUCGUUUACCUAGUCUACAUACUUUCGGACGUGCUCUCGGCACACUCACUCAUACAAAUCGCAACCUCGGGAGUGAGCGUUUCGACACCGUACCACACCUCGCCCAGGAAAUCUUCAACUUGGCCGCCAUGGGCCGUCGCCGCAGCAUUCUUGUUCAACCCGUUCUCUAUUGCAACUUGUAUUGCUCGCCCGACGAUCGUGUUCACAAAUACUGUGAUUCUGACGGCUAUUGCGAAGGGGGUUCAAGGACAGGGUGUUGCCGCUGUGUUAGCUCUCGCAAUGGCUUCGUACUUGUCACUUUACCCCGUGCUAUUGCUCCCGCCGAUGGUCCUGCUAGCGUACGACUCCCUGCCAGUGGUGAAGAAGGGGCGCUAUCUCGGGAGCUUUGCCGUUAUGUUGACUUCUGUGUUUACCGUUGCGGCAGCGGGACUCGGCGCGUUGUCAUGGGGGAUCACGGGCGGGAGUUGGGAGUUUCUAGCAUCGACGUAUGGGGUGCAUCUGCUGCUGCCGGAUCUGACGCCGAAUGUAGGGCUUUGGUGGUACUUUUUCAUAGAGAUGUUUGAUUCGUUCCGAGAGUUCUUUCUAUGCGUUUUUCAGUUGCAUUUGGCGGUUUAUUUGGCGGGAUUGUGCCUGCGGUUGAGGAAACAACCUCUAUUUGUGAUUACGACCUUGUUGGGCAUAAGCUCAAUUUUCAAGUCGUAUCCUUCAAUCGGGGAUACUGCGCUAUACCUUUCUUUGCUAUCGCUGUAUAGACAUAUAUUCCCACUGAUGCGCUACACCUUUUUUGUCACCUCUACACUCCUCUAUGCUACCCUCCUAGGCCCCGCGUUCUAUCAUCUAUGGAUCUACGCCGGUUCCGGCAACGCCAACUUCUUUUACGCAAUCACGUUGGUGUGGAGCCUUGCAGUUACGGUUCUUGUCUCGGACGCUAUCUUUGCCGUGCUGCGGGAUGAGUGGGAGACCGAGAGACCGGAGAUGAAGGGGAAGGAGAUUGUGCAGAUUUAGAUUGGUUUGGCAAGGCGUUUUUGGUGGGAUUGGAUGGGAUGGGAUUCGUUGUAGUUCUAGAAGUAUCUAUGGUGCUGCUCGCGAUAAACCAACGAUAAUUGGUGCAUAAAAGUAGGGUUGGGAAAA